GAGGCUGCCCCUUUGUUUGUAAAAAAUGAAACAUUUACUGGAAUUGGUAUCGAUCCGCUGUUGAGUCUUCAUUUGUCCAAAAAAUUCGAGUUUGAAAAACCUACUCUUAUUCAAAAGGCUUCGAUUCCCGUUCUGCUGGACCCAACUCACAAUGAUGCGAUUAUUCAAGCACAGACCGGAUCUGGAAAAACUCUUGCAUUUUUGCUUCCUAUUUUGCACAGCUUAAUUAGAUCUGCUGCUCGUCAGUCCACCCAUCCCACUACGCAGCAUAUGUUUUCUAGAACUGCUGGCACGUUUGCCAUUAUUCUUGCACCAACACGCGAGUUGGCACACCAGAUUUCUGAGGUGCUGGAUUCACUUCUCAAAUAUUCAUUGCAGAUGCACUAUCGUCACUGGAUUGUUUCAAGUAUUGUUGUGGGUGGUGAAAAACGAAAAUCUGAAAAGGCUCGAUUGCGCAAGGGUGUCAAUAUCCUUGUAUGCACACCAGGCCGUUUGCUUGAUCAUUUAAGAACAACAGACUCUUUUGAUGUGAGCAAUCUGCGAUGGCUUAUCCUUGAUGAGGCCGAUAACUUGCUUCAUCUUGGGUUUGAAGAAACUUUGCGUGAUAUUUUAAAAAUAUUGGAUACCAAGCGUGAUGUUGGACUUUACAAUCAAACCAGAGUGCAUGUUCCGGGAUGGCCGCGUGGCCGUCAGACAGUGCUUUGUUCUGCUACAAUCGAGGCCGGAGUAAAGCGUUUAGCCGAAUAUGCACUGGUAAAACCCAAUUUCAUUCGUGUCGCUGCUGUGGCAGAUACCAAUGAUGCAGCAACAAUCCCUAAACAGCUCAAGCAAUCCUACGUUCUUACUCCACCAAAGCUUCGACUAGUUACCCUUAUUGCUCUUUUACGCAAGAUUACAUCGACUCCCAAUGCAUCUAAAGUUGUCGUGUUCAUGGCUACAGGAGAUUCAGUCGACUUUCAUUUUGAUUCGUUCAUACAUGCGUUGGACUCAAAUGACACGGGUGCUGGUAUUGAUUUAGAUGCUGAGGAUGAGGAUGACAAGACAACUUAUGAUGCUGUCAAGCUCAAGGCCGGUGUUCAACCCACAAAUCUAUUCCCCAACGUGCGUCUAUUCAAGCUUCAUGGUUCAAUGCCACAUGCUCAUCGUCAGGCGACAUACACUGGGUUUUGUGCACAGUCUAAUGAAGAUAAAUCUAUUCUUUUGUGCACAGAUGUGGCGGCACGCGGUCUUGAUCUUCCAGAUGUUGCACACAUUGUGCAGUACGAUCCUCCAGGUGAAGUUCGCGACUAUAUUCACAGAAUCGGUCGAACAGCUCGUCUAGGACGUCAAGGUGCUGCCACCUUGUUCCUUAUGCCAAGUGAACUACUGUAUCUCGAGACCCUGAAAUCAGCUGGCUGCGACCUCGUUCCAACCAAUAACCUACUUGAAUUUCUACCUCAGUGUAAGUUUGGCGGGGUUUUAGAAUCAUACACGACCCAUGCGAAUGGAAAACCCAAACGCAAAACAUUUGAAGUAGCUGCAACUGAUUUGCAUAUGGCUUUUGAGCGACACAUUAUGGCUUCUCCAUCUAGCAAUAAAGCUGCUCAAAAAGCAUACACGUCUCAGAUUAGAGCGUAUGCUACACACACGGUCGCAGAGCGGCAUAUUUUCCACAUCAAAAACUUGCAUCUUGGACAUUGGGCAAAAAGUUUUGCUCUACGUGAGGCUCCU